UCCGGCGGAGGCUGGGUGUCGCCUGACCGGAUGAUGACAGAACUUUUAGGUUUAAUGUGGCUACUUUUAUCACAUAACCGUCCAGUUGAAACCUCACCAGAGCUCUGACCGCAGUCGGGACUCUUAACUGCUUGGUGUUUUCAUAAAAUAAAGUCUUAGAGUCUGUGACAGACUGCUGUGCCAUCUGGGAACUUUUGGUUUGCUGGAAGAGCCACCUUUUGGCUCUUAUUUGACCGGGGAGAAGAGCAGAAUAGAGCCCACUGGGCUGACCGAGGUGCCGCUAUGGGUAACCGGGGAAUGGAAGACCUCAUUCCCCUCAUCAACAAGCUCCAGGACGCCUUCAGCUCCAUCGGCCAGACAUGCAACUUGGACCUGCCGCAGAUAGCGGUCGUCGGUGGCCAGAGCGCAGGGAAGAGCUCCGUGUUGGAGAAUUUCGUCGGGAGGGACUUUUUGCCCAGAGGAUCCGGCAUCGUCACCCGUCGUCCUCUCAUCCUCCAACUGAUCAACAGUAAAGCAGAGUAUGCAGAGUUCCUGCACUGUAAGGGACGUAAGUUUGUGGACUUUGAUGAGGUCCGUCUGGAGAUUGAAGCGGAGACUGACAGGCUCACUGGAUCCAACAAGGGCAUCUCCCCCAUCCCGAUCAACCUCCGUGUCUACUCCCCUAAUGUGCUAAACCUGACCCUGAUCGACCUGCCGGGGAUGACCAAAGUGCCCGUGGGAGACCAGCCACAGGACAUCGAGCACCAGAUCAGGGAGAUGCUGAUGCAGUUCAUCACCAAGGACAGCUGUCUGAUCCUGGCCGUCACCCCAGCCAACACUGACCUGGCCAACUCUGAUGCCCUCAAGAUUUCUAAGGAGGUGGACCCUCAGGGGCUGCGGACCAUUGGUGUGAUCACAAAGCUGGACUUGAUGGACGAGGGGACGGAUGCACGAGACAUCCUGGAAAACAAACUACUGCCACUCCGCAGAGGGUACAUCGGUGUGGUGAACCGCAGUCAAAAGGACAUCGAUGGGAAGAAAGACAUCCGCGCUGCUUUGGCUGCUGAGAGGAAGUUCUUCCUGUCUCACCCGGCAUACAGACACAUUGCAGAGCGCAUGGGCACACCACAUCUGCAGAAGACGCUCAAUCAGCAACUUACCAACCACAUUCGUGACACAUUGCCAGGGUUACGCAGUAAGCUUCAAAGCCAGCUGUUAUCACUGGAGAAGGAGGUGGAGGAGUACAAGAACUUCCGCCCUGACGACCCCACACGCAAGACCAAGGCUUUACUCCAGAUGGUGCAGCAAUUUGGCGUGGACUUUGAGAAGUGCAUAGAAGGGUCUGGGGAUCAGGUGGACACCUCUAACUUGUCUGGUGGAGCGAAGAUCAACCGCAUCUUUCAUGAGCGCUUUCCCUUCGAGUUGGUGAAGAUGGAGUUUGAUGAGAAGGAGCUGAGGAAAGAGAUCAGUUAUGCCAUCAAGAACAUCCACGGAGUCAGGACAGGCCUGUUCACCCCAGACCUGGCAUUUGAGGCCAUAGUGAAAAAGCAGAUCAUUAAGCUGAAAGACCCAUGUCUGAAAUGUGUUGACCUGGUCGUCACCGAGCUUGUCACCCUGAUCAGGAAGUGCACUGAAAAGCUGGGAUCGUACCCUCGACUGAGAGAAGAGACCGAGAGAAUCGUCACCACUUACGUCAGAGAGAGAGACAGCAAGACCAAAGACCAGGUGCUGCUGUUGAUUGACAUUGAGCUAUCCUACAUCAACACUAACCAUGAGGACUUCAUUGGUUUUGCAAAUGCCCAGCAAAGGACUGCUGCUAAUGCCACCAAGAAGAGAGUCAUGCCCAAUCAGUCUGGCAGAGAGAGGGAUGCAGAGAAGGUGAUCCGCAGAGGCUGGCUUACUAUCAACAUCAGUAUCAUGAAGGGAGGAUCUAAGGACUACUGGUUUGUCCUGACUGCUGAGUCUCUCUCCUGGUACAAAGAUGAGGAGGAGAAAGAGAAGAAGUACAUGCUGCCUCUUGACAACCUGAAGCUAAGAGAUGUGGAGAAGGGUUUCAUGUCCAGCAAACAUGUCUUUGCCAUCUUCAAUACUGAACAGAGGAAUGUCUAUAAAGACCUACGUCAGAUUGAGCUGGCAUGUGACACUCAGGAGGAUGUCGACAGCUGGAAGGCUUCGUUCCUCAGAGCUGGUGUUUACCCAGAGAAAGACCAGCCUGAGAGCGAAGAUGCCAUGAACCCCAGCGACACCGUGUCCAUGGACCCGCAGCUGGAACGGCAGGUGGAGACCAUUCGCAACCUUGUGGACUCAUAUAUCAGCAUCGUCAACAAGUCCAUCAGAGACCUCAUGCCCAAGACCAUCAUGCACCUCAUGAUCAACAGUGCGAAGGACUUCAUCCACUCUGAGCUGCUGGCCUACCUGUACUCGGCCGGGGACCAGGGCAGUUUAAUGGAGGAGUCAGCAGAGCAGGCUCAGAGGAGAGAUGAGAUGCUGAGGAUGUAUCACGCUCUGAAAGAGGCCCUGGUCCUCAUAGGAGACAUCAGCACCACCACGGUUUCUACUCCAGUGCCUCCUCCAGUAGACGACACCUGGAUGGCCAAGGAGCCAAGUCCUCCGCCGGCGUCCCGCACUGCCUCAGCAACAGCGCCCCCUCCCAGCCGACCCCCGGCAGUGAGGGGGCCUACCCCAGGUCCUCCACCCCCUCUCAACCCCUCACCAGCAUUUGGAGCCCCGCCGGUGCCGUCUCGACCCGGCCCCAGCCAAACGGCCUUUGCAGGCGAUCCCAACUCUAGUGUUGUGCCUCUUGUGCCUUCCAGGCCGGCCCGCGUGCCUCCAGCACUGCCGCCCGGCAUUCCAAGCAGAAGACCCCCGGCUGCUCCCAACCGGCCCACUGUCAUACGUCCUUCAGAGCCCUCCCUGCUUGACUAGAAACACACACACACACACACACACAAAAAAAAAAAAAAAAAAAAUUAUAUAUAUAUAUAUAUAUAUACACACACCUUUGCCUUUGUUUACACUUUUCUCUUGAGCAGAGAUAGUCAUUCAUUUUUUCAUAUAUAUUCCUUUAACUUUCAUGUAUGAAAUGACCUUUAACUACAAACUUUGUCCUCCUAUAAGUGGUAAUCUGAUGCUGUUUCAGUCUGUGCAUUUCAGAAGCAUUAUGUAUUUAAUUUUGACUUUAUGUGUAGGUAGCUUUUUUUAACAGUUUAUGAUAACAUUUUCUGCAUUGUAUUAUGAAAAGGGAUACAUUUCAUGAUUUUAUUGACUUAAAGAUUAUGAACCAGCAGGUCAUCUUGAAUUUUACUUGUUUCAUUUGAAAUGAAAUGUUUCUUAAAACAAUUUAUGAGUCAUUACUUUUAUAUAAUGAUAAGAAAAGACUUUCUAGAAGCCUUUUUUCUGUGAGCUGUAUACUUGCUAACAUUUUGUCAGAAUUCUUAUACACUAAGCACCUCAUUAAGUAAGCAGCACCUUUUGAUUAAGUCUCUGAGUCUCUUCAUUGUUGAUAGAUUUUUUUUUAGUCAGCCUUCAAAUGAACAUCAUAAAUUUAGACUGAUCAAUGGAUAUUUUUGCUUCAAUAUUUUGGCUUACUUUAUUUCAAGGUUUUUCAAGUAUAGCAAAGUUGAGAGAAGAGCGACCUUGAGUCUGACAGUUACCUCCCACCACUGCUCAUUCUUGGUGAAAUUUGUACCUUGAGCAGAAACAAAAUUGUAAUUACUUAUUAUCACCUGAAAAAGCCAUAAUGAAAAAAAGUAUAAUGUACAAAAAAGGGCCUUUCUUUCAGAAGGUUCAUAAAGUAAUGGACUGAAUAAAAGCAUAGAAAAAGAA